UAGAAAGGGAGGUGAGGAUGGAGGAGCUGAGAGACAAAGUGGUGCUGGUGACGGGUGCAUCGUCCGGACUGGGACGCGAGUACUGCUUGGUCGUAGCUGCCGCGAGGCGAAUCGACCGCUUGAAAUCACUCUGCGACGAGAUCGGCAGGGGGAGAGCCGUGGCCGUGGAGCUGGACGUGAAAGCUAGCGGGGACGCCAUUGAAGCCGCGGUGAACAAGGCCUGGGAUGCGUUUGGAAGGAUCGAUGCUUUGAUCAACAAUGCUGGAGUGUUGCAUACCCCACUAGAGUUGAGUGAGGUUGAAUGGAAUGAUUUAUUUAGGACAAAUGUGAAGGGAGCAUGGCUGGUGUCCAAGUACGUUUGCCGCCGAAUGCGCGACACCGGACGUGGUGGCUCCAUCAUCAACAUCUCCUCCGUAGCCGGCCUUGAUCGCGGCCUAGCACUUGGAGGUCUUGCUUAUGUUGCUUCCAAGUCUGCCCUUAAUGCCAUCACCAAGGUUAUGGCCAUGGAAUUAGGACAAUACAAAAUAAGAGUGAACUCCAUAUCUCCGGGAUUGUUUAAGUCUGAAAUAACAGAGGGUCUGAUGGCAAAGAAGUGGCUUAAUAAUGUGGCUAUGAAGAUAGCACCAUUGAAAACAUUUGGAGAAACAAAUCCAGCAAUCACAUUGUUGGUUCGAUACCAUGACUCCUCUCAAUACAUCACCGGCAAUAUAUUUAUAGUUGAUUAUGGACUCACCUUGCCUGGUUUGCGCCUAUCUUCUCCUCUCUAUAGUUUAGGUUGAGUUGCAAAAAUGGUGAUGCGAGGGUGUUGAGAGAAAGUUCUUUUUGAGUUGUUCACUUCCGCUGUGAAACCUAGAACUACUAAUCCUAUUUUGCAUCAUAGCUCUAUCUUUUGGUCCUGUAUAAACCUUUAAUCAAGUAUUCCAGGAUGUAGUAUGUGAUAUUUUGAUAAUCUUCAGAUUGAGUUUGUGCUUGUUA